UGAUUGCGUCGCCAUUUUCGCAAACUACUACCACAGUAUCGAUUGGGUACGCAUCAAGUGUGAUUAAAAUAUUCUGCUUAUAGUAUUAAAUUAUAUAGUUAGUAGUUGCGAUUGCAAUUUUAAAAACAGUUUCAGAAGAUUUAUUUCCAAGUACCCGGUGAGCAAAGAAAUUUUGAAAGAAAUGGCUGAUGUGGAGAAUGGAAACUCGAACGGCAAUUACAACGACGAGCCUAUCACUGAACCUGAACAAUUAAGAAAGCUUUUCAUUGGUGGUUUAGAUUACCGCACUACUGACGAUGGCUUGAAAGCCCAUUUUGAAAAAUGGGGCAAUAUCGUGGACGUGGUUGUAAUGAAGGAUCCCAAAACAAAACGUUCGCGGGGUUUCGGCUUCAUUACUUAUUCUCAGUCUUACAUGAUAGACAAUGCACAAAACGCUCGUCCUCAUAAAAUUGAUGGACGUACAGUGGAACCCAAGCGUGCCGUACCACGCCAAGACAUUGACAGUCCAAAUGCAGGCGCAACUGUUAAGAAAUUGUUUGUUGGUGGUCUUCGCGACGACCAUGAUGAAGAGUGUUUGCGAGAAUACUUCAAGUCAUACGGUAACAUUGUCGGAAUAAAUAUUGUUGCAGACAAGGAAACUGGAAAGAAACGUGGAUUCGCAUUUAUAGAAUUUGAUGACUAUGAUCCCGUGGACAAAAUUAUUUUGCAAAAGAAUCAUACCAUAAAAAAUAAAGUCCUCGAUGUAAAGAAAGCUAUCGCCAAACAGGAUAUGGAACGCCAAGGAGGAGGUGGUGGUGGAGGCGGUGGACGUGGUCAGGGUGGCCGAGGUGGCGGUCGUGGUGGAGAACGUAAUAAUCAAGGAUGGGGUGGAAAUAACAGACAGAACGGUGGAAAUUGGGGCGGAAAUAGUUUUGGAAACAGUGGUAACUUUGGUGGAAACCAAGGUGGCCCUGGCGGUCCUGGUAGCUGGAAUAGUCAGCCAACUCCUUGGAAUAACCAGGCUGGUAACGAAGGAGGUUGGAAUAAUGGUGGCGGAUUUGGUGGCCCUGGCAAUAGCGCCAAUAAUGGAUGGAAUGGAAACAAUGGUGGGGGUAAUUUUGGUAGUGAUUAUCAACAAAGUUAUGGAGGUGGUCCACAAAGGGGUAACAACUUUGGGAAUAACCGCUCAGCUCCCUAUAAUCAAUACAACAAAGGAGGUAAUCCCGGCGGUGGCCAAAGUGGCGGUUUUGGCGGUAAUAACUAUAACAGCGGCGGAGGCCCCAGUGGCGGCAAUAUGGGAGGAGGAAACCGAAGAUAUUAAACUUGCGAGGUAAAGUACAUAGUACAAUACAAUUUCAAUCAGAGACAGACAGGCAGUCUAGGCACAGGCAGGCAGGCAGGAAGAGAAAUGAAAUCAGAUGAAAUAAACAAAUAUUGCAGACAACUGCAGUUCAACCGCUAAACUAUUAUCUACAUUUGUGUAGGCAAAAAAGGAAGUUUAUACAGAUAAAUUAAUAAUUUUAAUUCAUAUUCACACGAGUACAAAGGAAACAGAAAAGCCGAACCUUGUAGUGAACGUAUUUAUUUUUAAUGUAAUCGAAUGCAUAUAUAGCACACAUGGCUAUAGAAUAUCCCAUAAACGAAAAAGUACGCAUAUUUCGUACAUUUGAUUAUCUUCGUAAUCUGUGUAUUUAAAUACCUGUCUUAACUUUCAACUGUCUAAUUAUUUUACUUGUAAGAGACAUUUAUAAGUUUUCAUAAAAGCAUUUAAUAAUUAAAAGUAUUAAAUAUAAUACAAAAUAACUUUGAGCCAAUUUAGAUAAAAAUGAACAUCAUGAAUAACUAGAUCUACUUGACAUAAAAAAAAUGAGUUACCCCUAUAAAUCUAGUAAUAGUUUUAAAUUAUAAACAAAACGCUUGUGGAAGCAGUGUAAUAAAUUUAUGUAAGCCUGAAAAAAAUAA